UACGCAGAUGACACACAGUGGAUAGCUAAAAGUAAAGUCGAAGCAACAAAAAUAUCACUAAUUGCUAAUGAAUUCUUUGACAUUAACGAUAUUAAGAUAAAUGGAGGUAAAUCUGAAAUUAUAGUUGUAAAUCCAGAAGAUAGCAAUGAAAACGAAAGGUUUAUAGAAAUAGGAAAAAAUAAAGACAAAGUGUUUGCUAAUAAAGGUUCAGAUGCAAUACGAAUUUUGGGAGUGUGGUUCAAAGCAGAUAAAGGAGACAAACAUACAGAAUUGAUAGUGAAGAAAGAAAUUUUAACAAUACUAGGGGCCAUUAGACGUAAACACAUAACUCACGCAUAG